CUCAGAGAAAGGUAUUGGAUUCCAAAAGCUGACGCAGCUCUUAGAAAAAUAUUGUCAAAAUGUGUACAAUGUAAAAAGCUGUCAGGUAAGCCUGGUGAACAGAGAAUGGCAAACUUGCCACCAGACAGACUUGAAAUGGACAAUCCUCCUUUUACAAAUGUAGGGGUAGAUUAUUUUGGUCCUUUCCAAGUUAAAUGUGGAAGAAGUGAUGUAAAAAGGUAUGGUGUUAUGUUUACAUGCCUUACCACGAGAGCAAUUCACUUAGAAGUGGCUCAAUCACUUGAAACAGACUCUUGUAUUAAUGCCUUCAGGAGAUUCGUGGCUAGGAGAGGUCAAGUUUCUAUAAUGAGGUCAGAUAAUGGCACUAACUUGGUAGGUGCUGAAAAAGAAAUGCGUGAAGCAAUUGAAUGUUGGAAUAAGGUAAAAAUUGCAGAGUCGCUUUUACAAGAAGGUGUCACAUGGAUUUUUAAUCCUCCAGCUGGGUCUCAUUUUGGUGGGAUUUGGGAAAGACAGAUACGUUCUGUUAGAAAAAUACUUACCCAGCUACUGAAACAGCAAACUCUAGAUGACGAACGACUUCACACUUUGUUUUGUGAAGUGGAGUCUAUUGUAAAUGGUAGACCUAUCACAAGAGUUUCUAAUGAUCCUAAUGACAUAGAGGCAUUAACACCGAAUCAUUUGCUUCUUAUGAAACGGCAACCUGUGUUACCUCCUGGAUUGUUUCAAAAGGAGGACUUGUAUGCAAAGAGACGAUGGCGUCAAGUUCAGUACUUGUCAGACAUUUUUUGGAAACGUUGGACCAAAGAAUAUCUUCCACUGUUACAAGAGAGACAGAAGUGGUUAACUGAGAAAAGAAACUUGAAACCUGGUGAUGUCGUGCUUAUUGUGGAUGACAGUGCACCAAGAGGUUCAUGGUUAAUGGGAAAGGUUGAAAGGUCAAUAUGUGACUCAAAUGGUCAUGUAAGAAGAGUUUUUGUGAAGACCAAAAGCAGUGUCGUGGAAAGACCCAUUGACAAGUUGUGUCUUUUGUUGGAAAUGGAUGAAUGAUUCAUUUUGUUCAAAGCUGUAAAACUGUUAUGUUUUUUUUUUUUUAUAAACACAGUGGUAUUAACAGCAAUGGGUUGAAAAUGUCGCUUAUGUAAUUUUUGGUAAUUGUUAUGCCUUUGCAGUAACAAUUAGGGGCCGGAAUGUAAGCGCCAUUUUGUGAAAUUUGGACAUCAAUAACUGAUUUAUGUUAUGUAUCAAUGUGUUAUGUUUUUUGCUUUGUAUUAAGCAGUUUGAGAACGAGUACAUUUGUUAUGUUAUUGCAGAUUUGGACACAUUCUGUGAAGAAAGUGCUGUUAUAUGCAUUUUUGGCUGUAGAGGGCGCUGUGGUUUUGUAUUGCCCGUGAAGAAGAAAUUUGUACUUGUGUUGUGGAGGGAAAAUAAAUGAUGGCGGACGGAGCAACACGGUAGUUUUACCGUGACGCGACCGUGAUACGACAUAGGGUUGUUACACGCGUAAAACAGGCUCUGUGUCAGUCAUUUAAACGAAGAGGUUAAAUAAGAAAUUAAGAAGAAACAACGAAUGUGAAGAUUAACCUC